UUUACUCCCACCUCCACUUCAAAAACACUCUGAUUGCCAGGGUGGGUCAAUGGUUAACACUUGCUGGCUUUAUAUAAGCCUGCCCCGGGCCACCUGUCGGCUGGCGUGUCUCUGGUCCUUCAGUUCUCUGGCUCCAGGAGGCAGUGGCUCCGGCAGCCCCAGUUGGUCCACACCAUGGCCUCUUGCUGGCAGGGCCUGUGGGCCUAUCGCUCCUACCUGUUUGUGUUCUUACUGCCCAUUUUCCUGCUGCCUCUGCCCAUCCUCGUCCCCACCAAGGAAGCCUACUGUGGCUACACCCUCAUCCUCAUGGCGGUCUUCUGGUGUACCGAGGCUCUGCCCCUGGCUAUCACAGCCUUCUUCCCUCUGCUCUUUUUCCCUCUGAUGGGCAUCAUGGAAGCCUCUGAGAUUGGCCUUGAGUACCUCAAGGACACCAAUGUCUUGACAAUCGGGGGGUUGAUGAUGGCCAUGGCUGUGGAGCACUGGAACCUGCACAAACGCAUCGCUCUCCGGACACUCCUCGUCAUUGGGACGCGGCCCGCUCUGCUGAUCCUGGGCUUCAUGGUGGUCACAGCCUUCCUGUCCAUGUGGAUCAGCAACACAGCCACCACAGCCAUGAUGCUGCCCAUUGCACAUGCAGUCCUGGAGCAGCUGCAUAAUACACAAGGGGACACCCAGGGAGAAUGUGAUAACCCCACCUUCGAGCUCCAGGAACCAAGUUCCCAGAAGGAGGAGACCAAGCUUGAAAAUGGACACGUGGCACCUGCUCAUUCAGAGCCAAGAGCCAAGAGGACAGCAGAGCAGCUCCGCUUCACACAGGGUAUGACCCUAUGCGUCGCCUACUCGGCCAGCAUCGGGGGCAUCGCCACGCUGACCGGCACCACGCCCAACCUGGUGUUGCAAGGCCAGAUGAACUCGAUCUUCCCCCAAAACCCCAACAUCGUGAACUUCGCCUCCUGGUUUGGCGUUGCCUUCCCCACCACGGUCAUCUUUCUGCUGCUAUGUUGGCUGUGGCUACAGAUUCUCUUCUUGGGUUUCAACUUCAAGAAGAACUUUGGCAUUGGAAAUCAAGGGGAGGAGAGAAAGAAGGCAGCCCUUCAAGUCAUCCAGUCACAGCACAGGCUGCUGGGCCCCAUGAGCUUUGCCGAAAAGGCUGUCGCUGUCCUCUUCAUCUUGCUGGUUAUACUCUGGUUCACCAGGGAGCCAGGCUUCUUCCGUGGCUGGGGUAAUCUGGCUUUUGCCAACAGCGAGGGGGAAAGCUUGCCAUCCGAUGGAACCGUGGCGAUAUUCAUCGGUAUAAUUCUAUUCAUUGUGCCCUCUAAGAUCCCAGGGCUGACCCAGGACCCAGAAAACCCAGGGAAGCUGAAGGCCCCUCCUGCCCUCCUCACCUGGAAGCUAGUGAACGAGAAGAUGCCCUGGAACAUCAUUCUGUUGCUGGGUGGUGGCUUUGCCCUGGCCAAAGGCAGUGAGAGAUCUGGCCUGUCGGAGUGGGUGGGGGACAAACUGUCUCCACUGCAUCACGUGCCUCCUCCUGCCACUGCCCUCAUUGUCUGCCUCCUGACUGCUACCCUCACCGAGUGCAUCAGCAACGUGGCCACCACCACACUCUUCCUGCCCAUCUUGGCCUCCAUGGCUCAGGCCACCUGCAUCCACCCGCUCUAUGUCAUGCUGCCCUGCGCCCUGUCUUCCUCACUGGCCUUCAUGCUGCCUGUGGCCACCCCGCCUAACGCCAUCGCCUUCUCCUUUGGGGAUCUCAGAGUGACUGACAUGGCCCGGGCCGGAUUCCUGCUCAACAUCAUCGGGGUGCUGGUCAUCAUUCUGGCCAUGAAUAGCUGGGGCAUCUCUAUAUUCAGCCUGCACACCUUUCCUUCCUGGGCCCAGUCAAACAUCACCCAGUGCCUCCCCAGCCAGCCCAACCUCACCACGCCCAGCCCCUAGAUGGGGGUGCAACCUGGCCAAGCCCACCUCCGUCCCACUCUUCUGAGCCAAGAGGAGACACCCAAGCUCCAAACCCAGGGCCAACAGUGUAUGUGUGUACACAAUCCCGUGCGUGUCUGUGAGAAGGUGUGUGCACUAGCUGCAGAGGAUCAGAGGAAAAUGAGUAUGUCUGUAUUUGUAUGUACAAGCAUGUGUGCAAAUGAGAGCGUCCUACGGAGCUCUGUGUGCAAGCUUCACAGUGUACGUGUGCGCAUCUGCAGAAAACCGCAUGUCCUGCCUUGUCUUCCUGGCUCGGAAACCAGACCCCUUUGCACAUAUUUAUUGAAACUUGGGGUUAAAGUGGCCUGGAAGCAAGGCCUGCUAUGGGCACAGCCUUUGGGACUCCAGACGAGCCUCCCAGGUUGGGGAAGGGUUCAGAUGUUCACCACAUUAAAGCUUUUUUCAGUAGA